UUUCAGAGAGGGUGACAGAGGCUGGGCUGUUCCAGGGCAGGAUGCUCCCAGCAGAUCCCUGCCUGGGCUCUGUGAGUUCUGCUGGGCCAGGGAGCACCUGCAGUGAUGGGGACGAGGCUGCUGGGAGCCACCAUUCUCCUGUCCCUGCUGGAUGUUCUCCAGGCCUUUGCCAUUGAGAAGAAAGGGGAUGUGUUCAAGAAGACGGCGUGUCCCGCCUUCCUGGUGUUCGAGAACGUCGCCUACCUGGCGGACAUGACCUUCGAGCUGCCCUGCAAGUGCAAACCCGAGGAGGCCUCCUCUGUGGUCUGGUACUUCCAGAAGAACCUGCACAGCCACGAAACCACGGUGCUGACGGACUUCAACGGCACCGUGAUCGUGGAUUCCAAGCAGGUGCGCGCGGGCAGCGACCUCCUGAAGCGCUUCAGCAUCCGCCUGUUCAGCCUGAUCGUGUUCCGAGCCCAGGUGAGGGACUCUGGCCAUUACCUGUGCGGCACCAAGGAAGGGCUUUUCUUCUACGGCUACGACGUGGACGUGCAGCCCACCAAGAAGAUCACCGUGGCUUUCCUGGACAAAGACCAGCACGUCCAAGAGGACCACAAGGAGAAGGAGUUCACGCUGUUCACCACCUUCUGGGACUGGACGCGCUGUGACCGCUGCGGGGUGCGGGGCGAGCAGCGGCGCAUCGGGCUGUGCUACGUGCAGAGCGCCCAGCUGAAACCCCGCUACCGCACGGCGCUGCCCAACGUCAGCUCCUGCGGCUCCAGGGCCGUCCCCAAACCCUUCGGGCGCCUCAUCCGCCUCCGCAGCCCCGAGGUGGCCGUCAGGAGCUGCCUGGCCCCUUGCCAGCAGAAGGAAGCCCCCGAGGAGGGCGUGCAGUCCAUCUCCAACGUGGUUUACAAGCUGGGUGAGAAACCAGAGCUGCCCCGUGUCCCCAUCCAGUACCACAACCAGCCCCCCAAAACUGACCUGGUGAUUUCGUGCCCGGGGGCGCGGCCGGAGCACGCCGUGGCCUGGGACAAGGGAUCCGUGCGGCUCUACCGUGCCCACUACCUGGUGGGGGUCAGGAAGCACAUGAGGCUCUUCAUCGACCACGGGAACCACCUGCACCUGCAGCGGCUGCGCAGGAGGGACAAAGCCACCUACUUCUGCUGGCGGGAGGGCGAGCUGGUGGCCGGCUUCCAGCUCACUGUCACCUUCGAGCCCCGGCGCCAGCGCAGCCCCAGCGACCCCGAGUCCAUCUUCGUCAUGAGGGCUGUGGGCAUCAGCUUCGCCGUCGUCGUCGGCAUCUUCUUCCUCAUCCACCUGUCCCACUGCAGGGCUGAGGUGUUCAGGAAACUGGCCAAGUUGUAG